CCUGCCCGCUCUUGCCUGCUCUUGCCUGCUCUUGCCUGCUCUUGUCCGUUCUUGCCUGCCAACCCAUCAUCUGCACGUCCCUCGUCUCGGCUCGAUCUGCCUCUCAUGGACAAGUACCACAAACACCAUAGCCACUCUGGCGCCGGCUCGGCGUUCUCCCUGCGCACUCUGCGAAAGUCAACCCUGUUCAAGCUCGCGGCCGCGGCAGCCAUCCUCUAUGUUGGUCGCUCAAUCUUCUUCUCCCCGUCCACCGACUCGUCCUCCCGGCUGCAGAUGCUUGCCGAAGAGCCCGUCUCGGAGGUUGUUCAAAGCCCUGGGGAAUACGUUCCUGACCUGGAUAUCCUCGAAGACAUGCUCGUUGACCCCACCAGCUCGCACGGACCCACGCCGUUUCUCCAGUCGAUUAGGAUCUGUAUGUGGCACGAUGACGGACCCAGCGACGGAACGGGCGGCGAUAACCCCUCGCUCUCCGUUGGUGCACACAUGACCGCUGCCGCCGAGUGGGUACGAACCGCCUUCCACGACGCCGCGACAUACAACAAGAACGAUCGGUCUGGGGGGCUCGAUGGCUCUGUUCAGUUUGAAGGAACUCGAGAAGAGAACCUGAGCAACCUCAAGGACUCGGGCGUUCCGUUCAACGUCGAGUUCUUCCGACAGUACAUGGCCCCGGGUGUCUCUCUCGCCGACAUUAUUGCCUUGGCCGCCGUCGCCUCCGUCAAGGUCUGCAGCGGGCCCGCUGUUCCCUACAAGUACGGGCGAGUCGACGCCACCGCCGCCAACGAGCCCAAUCUGGUUCCGCUCGAGACAGAGCAUGUCGACAAGCAGAUGGACAAGUUUGCGCGCAUGAACUUUACCAAGGAGGAGGCCAUUGCCAUGGUGGCCUGUGGCCACACGCUUGGCCGUGUGCAUCACCACAACAAGCCCAAGCUCGUUCCCAGCAACAAGUACUACACUGGCUUCUUUGAUGACAGCUAUGCUCGGUUUGAUAACAACAUUGCCAAAAACUACGUAAACGGCGGCGGCAACAUUGUGAACCCCCUGGCCAACCCGGACGGUCCUCGAGAGCUCGGCGCCAUGUCAGAUGCCGAUCUCUUUGCUUCUGACAAGAACGUGACAAUCAAGAGACUUGCCAAAUCGUCGACAUACUUUGCGGCCACCUGCCAGAGGGUCUUUGACAAAAUGAUCAACGGCAUGACCAACUUCAAAAACCCCAAGCAAAAGACGCUCCAGGGCCCAAUUCGUUUCCGGACCCUGCGUCUGCCUUACUACGACUGGUCCCUGGACCCGUCGAGCUCCACCUUGAAGGGAUAUGUCAAGUACUUUUCAUCCAGCAUCCCGAACAACGAAAUCAUCCGCCUCGAGAUCUUUUACACCGAUGCCAAGAUGGGCAAGAUCGUGAAGGCCCUGGACCUCAUUGCCGGCGAUAACUGGAAGCCGCCGGUCUAUUCGAUGGAAACAACCCCGGUCUGGGGACUGACGACGCAGAUUCCGGUGUCGUUCACGUUCGAUGCAGCCCAUGGCGUGCAAUACGUCUUUGCCCGCUCACACGCAGCCGACGGCACCGUCGCCUGGUCCAACUCGUCCAUCACUGGCAAGGGCAGCUACGCUGCAUCUAUUCCGCCCCUAAUCUAAUCUAAUCUAAUUCCACGCCUCCCCCGGCCUUUGCACUGUGGCAGCGGCGCUCGAUUGCCCCGCUUGUUCGUCCCUCUCUGCUAUGAGCUGCCCGAGAUGUCCAGCGUGUUUGGAUGGAUGAGACGAUGUGUCCCGCUGCUCAUUCAACACGCUGUGGCCGUAUUCCUUGUUUUGUGUUUCCCAGCAACAGGCACCGGCUGGAUCCAGGCCCGCCCCGGCUCCAGCCACUUUGUCCACGUGACGAUGAUCGGGGAAAUUCUCCGAUUGGUCGAUCGCGGCGCGCAGCACACUCGUUUUU